AUGGCGAACCAGUGGGGAGCACCUCCCAGCUAUGAUACAUCUCAGUCCCAAGCACAUCAAGAUCCCCCACCAUACCACAACUGGCAGGAAGCUGUACCAGACACUUCCAUAUUUCCUCCACCACCCACCACAGGCUAUUACUCCUCCGGGACCGGGAAUGCAUCUGCAGACGAUGCAGAGCGAGCUCAUGAGUUUUGCGACAACACACCUCUCUGGCUUCCUGAACGUCCUUCCGAAACUGUAUACAGCUGGGUACAACAGCACGACCUGCGACCUGUCCGCCAACGAGAAUACAUUGGAGAGCUCACUCCAAAUCCCAGGGCUAAAGGACUAGGUCGGUGGUCUGGACGCACGGCUGGUCGAAACGGGGACUGCGUUGUCCUCACCCAUCUUCCCCUCUACUUUGCCGCUGUAGACUCACCUUUCCUCACUGAACAGCGCAAGACCAUCUACUUUGAAGUCAAGCUGCUCGGCCUGCGUGCUGGUCCAGACGGGGAUACUAGUGGCUUUUCUAUCGGGUUUGCCGCGCAGCCGUUUCCCUCCUGGCGCUCGCCGGGCUGGGAGCGUGGAAGUCUGGGAGUCUUUUCUGAUGACGGGUGUCGAUUCGUCAAUGACUCAUUUGGCGGCCGUGACUUCACCCCCGCAUUUCAAGUGGGUGAGACUGUAGGUCUCGGUAUGGUCUUUUCUCUACCAGAUCGGCUUGGGGAGGGUCCGAAGGGAAGGAAGCUGUGCAAAGCGGAGGUGUUUUUCACUCGCAAUGGUCAGAAGGCAGGGGGGUGGGAUAUUGACGAGGAAAGAGACGGCGACGCUGGUGGGAUUGAAGGGCUAGAAGGGGACUUUGACCUGUAUGGGGCUAUUGGCUUGUUUGGUGGUGUGGAUUUUGAGGCGUGCUUCAACCCUGCAGGCUGGCUUUGGAAGCCUGUACAGUAA